GCCUGCCCGGUGCCCCUCCCAACCCCUGCGCCUUCCUCCGCGUGACUCCCACUUGUUGCCCACUCGCCGCCACCCGUGCCCCUCCGCUCUCCUGGGUCACCAGACGCUCCUCUUCUCCUACUCUACCCUGCAGCACGCAGUUUCCUCCCCGCCCUUCUCUCCUGGGCUGCCGGGCAACUCUUCUCCCUUGCUUUCUCACGCUAAUUGUUAAGGACUCCUGAAGAAGCCAGGAUCUGAAGAAGCCUGAGCGAUGACCAUGUGGAGGGAGGCCCAGCUGUCCGAGUCCGUCCAGGCUUCCAGCUGCUGCCCGUUGUAGCCACAGGAGUGAACCCAGGGAUUUUGAAGCCAGCUUCAUAAGACUAUUGGACAAAAUAACUAAUGGUUCUCGAAUUGAAAUAAACCAAACUGGAACGACCUUAUAUUAUCAGCCUGGCCUCCUGUACGGUGGGUCUGUGGAACAUGACUGUAGCGUCCUUCGCAGCAUUGGCUAUUAUCUGGAAAGUCUUCUUUGCCUGGCUCCAUUUAUGAAGCACCCGCUAAGAAUAGUUCUGCGAGGAGUGACCAAUGACCAGGUUGACCCUUCGGUUGAUGUUCUUAAGGCAACAGCCAUUCCUCUACUGAAACAGUUUGGGAUUGAUGGUGAAUCGUUUGAGCUAAAGAUUGUGCGAAGGGGAAUGCCCCCUGGAGGAGGAGGUGAAGUGUUUUUCUCCUGUCCUGUGAGGAAGGUCCUGAAGCCCAUUCAGCUCACAGAUCCAGGAAAGAUCAAACGUAUCAGAGGAAUGGCGUAUUCAGUUCGUGUCUCACCUCAAAUGGCAAACCGGAUUGUGGAUUCUGCAAGGAGCAUCCUCAACAAGUUUAUACCCGAUAUCUAUAUCUACACAGACCACAUGAAAGGAGUCAACUCUGGGAAGUCUCCGGGCUUUGGGCUGUCUCUGGUUGCUGAGACCACCAAUGGCACCUUCCUCAGUGCUGAACUGGCCUCCAACCCCCAGGGCCAGGGAGCAGCGGUGCUUCCCGAGGACCUGGGCAGGAACUGCGCCAAGCUGCUGCUCGAAGAAAUCUAUAGGGGUGGAUGUGUGGACUCGACCAACCAAAGCCUGGCUCUGCUGCUCAUGACCCUUGGACAGCAGGAUGUUUCCAAAGUCCUCCUUGGCCCACUCUCUCCCUACACGAUAGAAUUUUUGCGGCAUUUGAAGAGCUUUUUCCAGAUUAUGUUUAAAAUUGAAACCAAGCCAUGUGGUGAAGAACUCAAGGGAGGGGAUAAAGUGCUAAUGACAUGUGUUGGCAUUGGCUUCUCCAACCUCAGCAAGACCCUCAAGUGACACUGUCACAAAAUGAAAGGCCCCAAGGUCUCAGACAAAGCAGAAGCCGCCAAGAAACAAAAGGGACCAAAUUCAUCCAGAACGGGAUGGCCUCUUAUGUUAAGGACUUUCUUAAUUUUCCACUUAAUGACAAUCAGGAUAUCGACCUAGAAGACGUCUCUAUCAUGUGGUUUCCAGGGCAUUGACGUUCCUCAGGAGGCCCAGUCAUGAUGCGAGCUCCCUUGGCUUACCUGGAUGAAGAGCGCGCCUUCAGGACACAGUUGGGCUGCUAGAACAGUAUCACAGCUGCACGUCAGCAAUGCCUCAGCCCACAUCCCUGGGCUUCUGCCGUGUGGCUGUUUUCCAGCCCUGUGGAGUCUGUUACCGUUCUUUCUCCAAGGACUGACCUCUGUGAACCUUGACUUCUGUGUAGGGAUUGAAUGAGAUGAUACGGGUGGAAGUUCUUUAUGAGUAGUGCAGUGUUAGGCAAAUGCCGGAAAUUGGAGUAUUAGCCUCUUUUAGCCCUUGUCUUCUGAAUGGACUGCUGUCUUGGAGACAGAUACUGCUGCUGUACUUGGAUGUUGGGGGAUGAGUGACUAGGGAGAGCGGGGGUCCAACUAUUGAAUGUUUUCUAUAUCUCAGGUCUGCUAUGCAUUUUCUUAUUUUAUUUUCACAAUAGCCCAGUGAUUUCAUUAUCUCCACAAGAAAAAUUCAAAAAGGGCAUUUUGUUCCUUUGAAAUCGAUAAUGUAAAGAUACUAGGUGUCCUGAUUUAAAGAUCUAUGUGUAGUAGUGUCAGACUCUCGAAUUUUGCCCUACUUGCAAGCUGUUAAGUUCGAUUAUUACAGUUCAUGGAUAUUAGCAGAAGAUGUGAGAGUCCUGGGUCAGAGACAAAGAACUUUAUUACUCAGAGCACAGCAAGCAGCCUGAGCUUCAUGUUUGUAUUGGUUUCUUUGUCCCCGGAGUCCCACAGUGGUGACAUGGGGGGGAGUGCCCAGGUAGCUGCCAUAUACGCAGGGGGUUUGCAUCACAACAAAGGAACACGGAUGCUUUGGACUCCACCUCUUACAGCAAGCCUGCUUUUUGUUCCAGAUGGAGACAUCACUCACCCUUCAAAAUCGCUUGCUAUGAACACAGUGAUGAGAACGGGCCAGGGUAAAGGCCUCCCCAGCAAGAAAGUGCAGGAACACUGCACAAUGUGAUUGCUCCUGCAUCUAACUGAGGCUACAUGUGGUGUGUGUGUGGAGUCAGAGGUGGUAGAAGGGUACUAUCUAAUUCUUUCUAUUAGGAUUCCAAAGGGUAUUUUCCACCCAGGGUGGACUUUUGAAGUGAGGAAAGGUCUUUGCCUCCCCAGUUCUCUUGGUACCCUUUCCUUUUUCAGUGAAAGGGGUCCAGAGGAGGUCUGUGUCUGGGGAUUGUGGGAGGAUGUGAAGAUGGAAGGCUAACAAUGAAGAAGGUUAGGCCAUCUGGAACUGGGGCUGUCUACUUACUGAGAACUUUACAUACUGUAUUAGAUUUCUGUUGCCUCAAAACAAAUUACCACAGACUUGGCAGCUUAAAACAAUACAUUUAUUAUCUCAGUUCUGUAGGUCAGAGGUCCUGGUGGCCUUGCUUGGGUUCUCUGUUUAGGGCUUCCCAAGGCUAAUGUCAAGGUGUUGGCCAGGCCGGGAUCUGGGAAAGAGUAUGCUUUCAGCAUCAUUCAGGUUAUUGGUAGGUCCUGGGACUGGAGUUCCUGUUUCUGACUGGCUGUCAGCUGGGGACAGCGCUCUGCCUGUAGAGGCUGCCUGCAUUCCUCGUAGCUUGGUUCCCUCCAUUUUCAAGCCAGUGUAACAUGCACUGAGUUCUCACGCUUUGAAUCUGACUUCUUGUGAUACCAGGGUAAUCUUUCUAACUUAAGGUCAUAUGAUCACACCGGUACCUAGGGUAGUGUUUGAAUAGCCAGGGGCCAGGAAUCUUGAAUGGCCAACUGAGAAUUCUGUCUGCCACAUAUGCUGCAGUCUUAUUUAUUGCUGCUGACAUUUAAACCCAGAUCUGCCCAUGCUCAGAGACAGAACUAAGGGGCCAGAUUUCUUUGAAUAUGUCCCACAGGGGCUUUCUGUCUCUUGGAACAACUUCUGGAAAUGGUACUGCUAGUCAGUUUUGGGUGGCAUGUAGACUCCAGGCAGAUCAUUGCAAGCAGUAGAAGGGGCAUGUGCCCCAUCUGCUGUAAACACAGAUGUGCCUGGUGGUUUCCAGCCCUCCAUCUGGAACAGCUGCUUCUGGAGUGGUAGUGUUGAUGAUAUUGCCAAUAGGAGGACAGAUUUCAUGUUUAUUUAAACAGCCUACUCCCUGCCACUUUUCAGAUGCCCAAGAGAAGCAGUACCAUCCCUUGAGUAGAAGUUGCUGGUACACCUUAGUGACUUUCAGCUCCUGCAGUCUCUGCCUUGUUCUUAACUUAGCUCCUGGUUGGUCCAGCUACCUUUGGUGUAGUUUGAUGAGACAUUCCAGCAUUUUGGGCUUGCUCUUCUGUCUUGGCCUGUCUGCUCCCUUCUGCUGACAGAGACAGACCACUCGAGUUCAGUGAGACUAGUGAUUGUUUUUAAAGGCAGAUACACCUGUGACAUUUUGGGGGUCAUGAUAGAAUCAUUGCCUUUGUGUCCCUGUCAUAUACCAGGUCCUGCUUCUGUCUUUCAUCAUCCUUCAGUGCUACAUUCUGUGUGGACACCAGCCAGCCUCCCUCCAUCAUGAUUAUUUUACCAUAUUUGUCAAGUCAGUUGAUAAGGGUGGAAGGAAGCUAGGGUGUUGCAACGUGACAUGCCAAAGGGGAAAGAGCAAUAGGAGACACUGCUGAAAUCCAGACUGCCCUCAGGGCAGCUGAACCUCAUGGUUCGCUUGUUUGUCUCAGUCUUUUCUGAUAAAAAGUGGUGAAGGACAUCACUGACUACAGACCCAACCAGAAAAGCCCCAAAACUUAGAUUGCACCACGGCACCUAUCGUCUCACUGUCGUUGUACAAUGGAAGACUGUGAGGUGGCCAUUUCCGCUCAGUCUUUUGUGUUGGGAGGCUCCUGGUGAGGCCAGUGCUAGCAGUUUGUUUUGUGGUGACCAAGGGGAAGGGUUGAGGGUGCUACAAGGCAGGGAGGGAAGUAGCAGAAUGGAGUAGAGGAGGCCUGAAGAAGUGGACAGAAUUGAAGGUAGACGGAGAAAAGGAAACACCAGGGAACUAAGGAAUCACCUCAGUCUUGGCUGUGCCCAAGGUGGGCAUGGCCUUCACCUGGGUGAGGUGAGGGGAGCAAGGCAGGGUGCAGAAGUGAUUUAUCGGGGGGUUUGAUCAUGGUGGAAGGCUAAGAAUGUGGGGUUCUGUUGACUUUACCUGCUGGUGAUUUGUUGAAGACCUGUGGAUUUGCCAGUGGGUGACUUGGGCCAGUCUGUGAUGAGCAGGAAAGCAACACCACAGGCCGCCUGGACCCACCUUGUUCCUCACCUGACCCCAGGGUGGAGGAGAAAUAACUUGUGCUUCGGCAGGGUUUCCAUGCUUAGAUGACCCUGGCCUGUUCUUUAGAAGUGACUAAUAGCUAAUGGAAAUGUCAGAAGGCAAGCCGGGUCUUCCUGAACUCCAGUUGGCCAAGUCUAAGAAGCCAUUUAAGUGGAACAAUUUAUCAGUGUUUGGCAUCUUUCAGAGGCCAAGCCACAUCACCCCAAGCAAGUAAAAGCUGUCAUUUGGUCAGGGGCUGCCUGGGUCUGGGGCUGCUCUAAUUCCAUGUCGCACUUGGCCCUUAACGGUCAGAUAGCCUGACCCCAUGCCUGAGGCACGGGCCUUGGGUCAGCACCUGUGGAUGGACCAGGCCAGAGUUUUGGCACGUGGGCCGCUUCCUCUCUUCCUGGGUUUUCCGAUGCUGGUGUUUCUAGAUGUGCAUCCUGCUCUGCUGACACCCUUCUGUGGAGCCUGCAGGGGAGGUGAUGGUGAUUCCAGGAGGUAAGUGGCCCAGCUUGUUUUCUGGCCCAGCUUGGAAUUAACCAUCUGUGACGGUAUAAAUAAUUCACCUUCCCACACUUGGGCUUCCUCUGUGGAAUCAGGGUGGCUGUGUGAGAUGGUGCCAGAAAGAUGAGAGAGAUGCCCAUCACUGCCUCCUCUCCUGCUCCCCAUCCUCAUCUGUGCUUACUUGGGGUGGCAGAUAGGUUAGUUGGCAUGAGUAUUUUUAUUUUAAACAUUGAAAUAUUUCUCUCAGGUCUCAGGAUACUCUAUUCCUGUGUUUCUUCCCCAUUCCCAAGUUUUACAUCUAAAAAUAUUCAGAUUGGUUAAUUUGUUAACAAUUUCUGCUGUGAUUUGGGAAAUUGUAUAUGAAGGUAUAUAAAUUUCUGGAAAUCAGAGGCUCUCUUGAAUGAACCAGCCCAGCCAUGACACAUGUGGCAACUUUAAUGUCUACUCUGAAUACUCUGUCACCACGGCAGUGAGGGUGGUGGUCCUACUGCUGGACUCAGCAGGGGCCAUUUAGGCAACUGGUGUCACCUGGGGAGGAGAUGCUGCCCCAAAGGAAGGGGAUGAUAGGGGCAGCGGCCUGUUCCUGCUGCAUCUGCAGCCGGACAUGGUAGGACAUCUUGAAAACAUCUCUUUAUAGUCUUUAGGGAAAGAUGUUGGUGGGGACUGUAUAUUUGAAAUGGUGCCUGGCUUGCACCAGGGAUCCAACAUAAGGUCAUGACAGCUGACCUCAGGCUGUUUUAAAUGCUGGGUGCACUUGACUCCCGCAGCUUCCCACAUACUCCUCUCUCCCUCCAUGCUGUUUCCACCUCUCUGCUGUUUGACCUGUUAGGCAGUUAAAGGCAUCGUGCCUAAGAUCUGUAAGCUUUGAAGAACCAAUGGAAAGGCUUACCAAAAAAAGGGGGAGAAAAUUCUGGCUCCAAAUUAUGCAAAGAAAAGAGCAAAAGUAAUUAAAUAUCCACAAAAACAACCGUUUCCAAGCUUAAAAUGUUGAGAACAAUAGAGGUGAGAGUUUCUUCACAAGUAUUUCCAAGCACACACAAUGAUUGCAAGGAAUCAGACCUAAUCAUGUAUUAACUGGGUUGCUGGUCAACCAAGCAAUUUAAAAGACAGAAUUAUAAAGAGCCUUUCAGAAAUUUGGCGUGUGGCUACAUUUUAAUUUGUGUGGUUUGGUGAUGCUGUCCAAGAAAGUAAAACUGAGUAAGCGCUCCUCACUCACUGAGCCACCUCUGCAGUCUUAGAGACUCAGCAGCUCCUGAGGGAGCCCCCACCUGCACAGGGCACUCUGCGACACGUUCUCAUACAGCCCUGGGUGCUUGGCCACACCAAACUUCAAGAGAUGAACCCAGUGUACACCGUAAUAGGUUAACAGGGAAGAGAACUGAGUAACAGCUAUGUGUGGAGUGCGGAGACGGGAGGCACCCUGGGUUGUGUGUAUGAGAACAUGUGGGGGUGCCCCGUGGCGGUGGCUCCUUUAAACAACUCCUUUAAGGUUGUUUAAAAAAAGAAAGAUUAAUUCAGUCAUUUGUGAGGAAAGCUUUUGGUUUCUUUAGCUUCAUUAGAGCUCUGGAAGUAACACAUGCUUAGGAAUGAGACCUGUGUUUGCAUCUUAGCUGUGUCAGUAGACACGUGGCAUUGGGCACAUCCCCCACCUCAUCUAUAAAAUGAGAAAUAGCUACUGUCCACCUUAGCAUUGACAGGACUUAUUAAACAUAGCGACUAAGUAUUAAAGGCUUAGGAUUCUUUUUGCUGUUAAAUCCCCGAUGAGGAUUCAAAGCAGUCUUCCACUGAACAUGUUAAUGUCUACAUGAGUCAGUGUGUAUCUUUACAUCUGGUACUUGGAUGUACUCAGCUAGAAGACCAGAGCACAAGAUACGGCACCUGUACACAGGUUGGGGUCAGACUGCCCUGUGACAAAUGUUACAGAGUUAAAAAGAGGGCCUACGGGCAUCUCUGUGAAGUCACCAGGUUCCAACAGGACCCAUCUAGUUAGGGUGAAGUGAAGAGGCGGCUGCCUUAGGACUGUCAGGGCCUAGAGCUGCUAUGUAUACCAAACCAAACUGAGGAACUUGUGUCAUCAGGCUACGCUGUAGUCCACAACUACCUUGUAAGCAACCACGUGUCAUCAGAAUUUAGCUCUCUCCCAGCUCUCAGUUCUGCUUUGUUGGGUGUCCUUGCCCAUCUCCAGCAGGCAUCCUCUUUAAUACUCAAUUCUCUCAGCAACUCUAGUGAACAGAGAGAUUCUCUCCACCCAAUAUUUAAAAAAAAAAAAAAAGUCCCCCAGAAUUGUGUCUCCCUCUGUUGACUCUGGAAUGUUUUGAUUGACCAAAUCUGGGUCCUGUUCUCAUCCCUGGAGUGGUAGGGAUGUCAGCCUCACCCAAAUUGUGUGGAUUGAGAGGAAACAGAAAAGUGAUUCUCAAAGGAAAAGCUGUAUGCUUUUACAAAGGAGAGAAUGGACCCUGGGAAGGCAGAACAGCAGUUGUCCACUGUUGGCUGCAUUACCUAAUUCCCUGAAUAUUCUUGAAAGGAUAUCCUACAAUACUGCCUGCCCACCACCAUCUUUCACCAUCUAAAGUCUUCUGGUGUUAUGGUACAGAAUUGGGUGGACAAGGAUUAAGUCAGUUUGACACAUGUUGCUUGACAAAGGCAAGAUUGCUAUAUCCAGAAAGCCAAAGUUAAUAUGGACACUGGGCAUUUUAGCCAGUGGUAUUCUUGGACUAGAAAGGGGAGCAUACCCAGAUGAUAACACUGAGGGAGAAGAAGUGGCAGUGACAAAUGUGGGUGUGGGAGCACCAUGUGGGUUGUAGGCCAGGAGGAAGAGUAGGGAGCCGGAUUAGAGGAAAGAGGGUCCCCGUACCAUGUCUGUUCAUGUUCUCCGUCAUGGUUCUACCUUUCCCAACCUCUGGAAAGACAGAUUCAGGAGUCGGGGUGGGGCUGGUGGUGGGGAGAGUGAGACUUUUUUUCCAUCGCCAGGAAUGCAAGAAUUAAAAUGACAACAACGUAAAGAGUUACACCUGGAAGAGCAUUGAAGAUAUAUGUAAGUGAUGACAGAUAUUAGGAUGGGAGCAUGAUAGGUAUUUCUCUUAUUUCCAAAUAAUUUGCACUAUUUUGUUUUUAUAGUUCUAUACCUAUUUCUAUCUGUGUAUAUAUUUACUUAUAUUCAGAAUCUCAAGUACAACUGCUAUGAUUUUCCAUCAGCCCCAAGGCAAAUAAAGUUCAAGUAUCCCCUUUGUCCCACUCUCCACACCUUCCCUUAAACAAACAGACACAUAUGUACAAGCACCGGGUGAUGUGACUGGGGCCUGUGGAAGGAAGUGUCACAGAUGAAGACGAAUCUCAAGUCUAAGGCCUGCCUGUGAUGCCGCCUCCCUUAAAAUGUAGAAUUUACGUGGGUGCUUUUUAAAGCUGCUGAUUCUGUACGUCAGGGAUAAACUUUUGCCACUCUUGACAAGCUGAGUGGGUGCUAUUUGCAGUCCUGCAUUUGUCUUUUAGGAGUUCAGAAGGUGGAAUAGCAGCAAAGGUUCAAUCAGAGCUGGACCGUGACCUAGGUUAGGAAAUAAUGACGCAAACUUGAAAUCCCUGUCCACUUGCCCGAGAGGAAGAAGAGUGCGGAAGGAUGUGAAAAACAAGCAGAUGUCCUAUACAAAUUCAUUUUAAAAUGAAUUAAAUUAAAUUAUUAUAUUAAAUUUAUACUUAUUCCAUAAAGUACUUUCUCAAUCAACAAGUUCUAUCAUGUAGAAACAGAUGUGUCUGUGAAAAAUGUAGGUGUUUAAAAGAGGUCCUCAUGUUUUCUUAAAAAGUUUGGAUUGACUGUUAUAUUGUACAGUUAUUUUGUACAAUCCCAAGUAGUGGUCUCUUGUAGGUUACCUGUGUCGGUCAGUGGUUAUUCUCGAAUGUUCUGGAAGGUUUGAACUUCUUGGCCCAAACCUUGGCUGUCUGCUUGUGUCUGGGGAAGGGGUAGGUUGGGAAAGAGGAGAAGUGGGAAGACUGGAGGUCAGGUCAGUUAUUGAGCUGUUCAUCAUCAUUCAAAGAGAAGUUUCAUUUGGCAUCACUGAUUUACUGAUAAUAAAAUGUUGUCCAAUCUCAGUCUCCUUGCUUGGAGAUUUUUAAAAAGUGCUGCUUUCUUCCCUAGGAUGUUUUCUUCCACAAAGUAGCAGCCUUCCAAGGUGGCAAGUGUUCAGACUUCCUUGACUCACAAUUUUCACUGCUUUAAGGAUUUCAAAACAAUUUCACAAAUGUUAUUUCAUUUCAUCCUCAUGGACAUGUAAGUUUAGGCUUAGAGAAGCUAUGAGACUUAACCAAGUUCACAUGAUUAGUGAAGAAACUUGAACAUGAGCACAGAGCUUUUGGUUCCAUUAGCUCUGAACCAUGUCAGGCAGGUGUCUCUAACAGGUGCCCUUUCAAAUGGGUAUUCUUUAAUAUUUGUUUAGUAUUUAUUCGGAGCUGAAGGGAUAACAUAAUUUCUGUGAGGAAAGGGUAGAAAAGGAGGAUGCUGGAGGUAGCAUCCCAGUUUUUCAUGUCUUCUCAGCAGAACUAAAGCCCUGCUUUAUCUUAUUGUGUUGCCCAAGCAUUCUCCUUGAAAGUUAUAUUGGUCAGGAUUUUUUUCUUUUUUUAUGUGACCAAAAAUAAACAAGCUUAAGCAAAAACA